CUAUCACACCAAUCUACUACCAUCAAACACUAUCACAAUAACUGAACUGUCUCUGUAUGUCCUCAUUCUCGAUUCUCUCUCCUCUCAUCCUACGGAAACUUCUUGGUUCCUUCCUCCGCAAAUGUAUAAAUUACAAUAUAUAAACACACAGAGAGAGAAGGGCAGAAAGAGAAGGAGGGAUGGUAAUUGUGGAGCCGAACACGUGCAUUCGAGGUUGCUGCCGCAGCGAAUCGAUUCCUCUUCAUCUCCCACCUUCUUCUUACUCUCUCUCAUCCCCAAUCGCUCGAGGGGCAGAAAGUGUUGUUUAUGAAGCGACUUUGGAUGGGAAAAAGGUUGCUGUGAAAAAACCCAUUCUGUCCACCUCUGAAGACAUUGAUAGAUUCCACAAGGAAUUGCAAUUAUUAUGCAAUCUAGAUCAUCCUGGAAUAGCCACACUAGUGGCCGCACAUGCAAAGCCGCCAAAUUACAUGUUUUUCUUUAAGUUCUAUGAAUCUGGCAACCUAGCGGAGAAGCUACAUGUUCAAGAGUGGAGGGCCAGUAUCGAUCAGUCACUCACCAUCAUUGUCCAGCUUGCAAAAGCUCUGCAAUUUCUGCAUAACCUUGGGAUUGUACAUAGGGAUGUCAAACCAGCGAAUAUUCUUCUUGAUGAAAAUCUUUGUCCACAUCUAGCAGACUUUGGUUUGGCAGAAUACAAGAAAGAUCUUAAACAAAUUUCUUAUGAGAAUUGGAGAUCAUCUGGCAAACCGACUGGUGGUUUCCAUAAAAAGAAUAUGGUUGGCACACUCCUCUAUAUGGCACCUGAAAUAUUAAGGAAGGAGAUACAUACUGAAAAAUCAGAUGUCUUCAGUUUUGGAGUAUUAAUCAAUGAACUUCUUACUGGAGUUGUCCCAUACACUGAUCUUCGUGCAGAAGCACAGGCCCACACUGUGCUGGAAAUGAACUAUACUGAACAACAACUCACAGCUGCUGUGGUAUCUGAAGGACUGCGGCCAAUUCUUUGCAGUUUUGACUCAGGUGCUCCAGCAGGGUUACUGUCCUUGAUACAGAGAUGUUGGGAUGCCUAUCCCGAAAAAAGGCCAUCUUUUGGUGAUAUAGUUUUGGAACUUGAUCCCAUUUUGGAACACAGGAAGAGAGUAAAACAAGAGGAAAAUGCACUUGCUGAACCUUCUAUCUCUCCUCAUGAUCGGGACAUCACAAAUCAUCGAGUUUAUCAAGAGAGUAUUAACUGGUUUGCCAAGGGUGCACACUUCUCAAGGAGAGCUUCUCUUGGAGCUGAUUCUGGAAUGAGAACCUGGCUUAACUCUUCAAAUGAUCCUUUGGCAUACUAUCCAGCACUGUCAUGGGGAUCCUUUGCUACUUGCGGCAGAAGGGAGACUAUGGAGGAUACACACUUUCUUAUGCCCCAUCUAUGCAAUGAAAAGGAUAUCCAUGUGUUUGGAAUCUUUGAUGGCCAUCGAGGUUCUGCAGCUGCUGAGUUUUCAGCUUGUGCUCUACCAGGAUUUUUGCAAACUCUGGGUUCCACGAGAAGUCCUUCUGAUGCAUUACUAGAAGCAUUCAUUAAGACAGAUGUUGCAUUUAGGGAUGAACUGGAUUUCCAUCGUAAAUCUAGAGAAAUUAUUCAGAAAGACUGGCACCCUGGUUGCACUGCGGUUGUGGCUCUUAUAAUUGGAAAUAAGCUUCUUGUUGCUAAUGCUGGUGAUUGUAGGACAAUCGUAUGUCGAACUGGUGGUCCUUGUGCUCUAAGUAAGGAUCAUGUUGCAAGUUGUCUUGAGGAAAGAGAACGUGUUAUCAAAGCAGGGGGACAAGUCAAGUGGCAAGUUGAUACAUGGAGGGUUGGUGCUGCUGCUCUCCAGGUUACACGCUCCAUUGGGGAUGAUGAUCUAAAGCCUGCUGUAACUGCUGAACCUGAGAUAACUGAAACCAUAUUGUCUUUGGAGGAUGAGUACCUUGUAAUUGCUAGUGAUGGCCUCUGGGAUGUUAUGGACAAUGCAGAGGUCGUGAGCAUAAUCAAGGACACCGUGAAAGAGCCUGGAAUGUGCUCGAAGAGAUUGGCAACUGAAGCUGCUGAACGUGGCAGCAAAGAUAACAUAACUGUUAUUGUUGUCUUUCUGCGCCCAGUCUCUACAGCAGAGAGGAUUUACUAGGUUCAUGGUCAUUCUCUCUAUACUUGCAGGGAGUGGUGAAUAUUUGGUCGUGGUGAAGGUACACCGCUUCAUGUGGAGUGUUUGUUAUAGUAUUACUGUUAGUUGGGAAGUUCAGCCUUAUGUUGUAGAAUUGAUAUAUUUGAAACAUGUAUUAGCAUUCAAUACAUCGAACUUCAAAGUUAAUGUUACGUUUUACCCUGAUGGUGAACUCAAAGUUCAGUUGAGUUCACACAUCACCCCUUUGACAUUACAAAAUCUAACCAAGAAAUGUUAUCAUUUUUUAGUGUUUCUGAAAGAGAAGUACUGUAGUAUUCAGAAAUAAACAAAUAAAAGUAUUUGAGACCUGAAUAGCGAA